CUACACUUCUCAGUUCAGUUGAGUAGAAAUGUGGUAUUGUUUUGCUAGCUAACUGCUAAAAGGAGUACAUACCUUGUUUGUGUAUUAAAAACUAGAAAAAGGCAAUAAUUGAACAUGGAGCCCUUGGAUAGACUGGAGAACCUUGCCUCAAGCCUUGAGACAGUGGCAUUGAAUGGUUUUCAGGCUCCUACAGUUGACAAUGGACAGAAGGACAACUCACCUGCAGAGAUACUAAGGAUAAAAGAACAGAUGUCAAAUCAAUGUUUUGAGAUGGCAGUGAAGCUCCAAGCAGGAAAAAGCAAAAUAUCUUCUUGCAGUGCAUCUGAUGCUGAGAAAGACUUGCCAGAUUAUGCUAAUACCUUGGAGGAAGCAAAAAUCAUUCAUUUUAACAAGACAUUGGCCUUACACAGGAUGCAGGUGUGGCAUGCCAUUUCUGAGAAGCUGAAACAGAGUGAUCCAGAGGCUGUAGCGAUGAGGGGAAUGACCAGUUGUAGCCUAGACCUUUGUUCAAGGAUAAAGACACUUCAGCAGGAAUCAUGUGCGCUUCAGGACCAAAUCACAGACCUUCAAAAGCAGAGGCUAGAUCUAAAGCGUCUCACUCAUGAGAAGAUGAAGGAGAUGGAUGAACUGAAGAGGAAGAGGGAGCACCCAGAGGCAGAGAAGUACAGAAACGUCCUGCAGAAAGGCCAGUCUCACCUGAAAAAGUACCAGAAGAUGGCCACCAUCACACAGAAUGUCCUGCGGGGGAUCAUCAUUGCCAGUAAAGUGAACUGGAGAGAUGACCCCAAACUGAGAGACAUCGCCAUGACGCUGGAGGACAUUCCCAUCUCUGACUAAUGAGCACUCCGCAUGGAAGGGAAAAAUUGUUGUAACAUUGUUUAUACAUAUAAUAUGUACAGCUAUCAAAGGUGUAGUUUGAGAGAGAGAAGGAACAACAUUUUAAUAUCACACCAGAUAUAAAAUAUUAACUGAUGUUAAGAGCACUUAGUUAAAUGCAUAAUACACUGCAUCAGAGAUGGACAUCGUUUUGUUCUUGUAAUAAACCAUUAGUUGUUUUUUAUUCAAUAAAAGCAUAUUUGUACAUUUUAGUCAUUUAGCAGACGCUCUUAUCCAGAGCGACUUACAGUUAGUGAGUGCAUACAUAUUUUUAUUUAAUUUUCUUCAUACUGGCCCCCGUGGGAAUCGAAUCCACAAUAAUAAUAAUAAUAAUAAUAUGCCAUUUAGCAGACGCUUUUAUCCAAAGCGACUUACAGUCAUGCGUGCAUACAUUUUUUUUUUUGUGUAUGGGUGGUCCCGGGGAUCGAACCCACUACCUUGGCGUUACAAGCGCCAUGCUCUACCAGCUGAGCUACACGGGUCCCCUACUGUAUUUUGUAUUGACCUUGUUUUUAUGAAUAAAACUGAUGUUCACCA